UCGCCCCCCAUCUCACCCCCCAAGCGGAGUCUGGUCUUGUCGGAUUGCCCAUGCACUUGUUGCAGAAACAGCCAAGAACCAGGCCUCCCCUUCCCACCUGCCCAGAAGCAUGAGAGCAGCAUGACUGGCCAGCUGCAGGAGAAGCCCCCAGAGCCAGGCCCCCAACUCAACCAUCUGCUGCGGAGGUCAAGGUGUGCGCGGCAUCUCUGCACCCCGGCAGUGUUCGGUCCGUACCUCGGCCCGCGUGACCAUGUCAAGCCCCCCGCUCUGCACAUGAGUGGUACAGACCAACAGGAACAUCUGGCUGCAGCCACGUCCACAGACAUGUCAGCCGUGGAAUAGUGUGGACACCUUCUCUCAGCUUCUCAGGGUUUCAGUCCUUUUGGGUUUGUUUCAUUGACCUUUUUUUUUUUUUAUGGUUUUGUGGCUGGACGUUCCCGGCCAAGGCAGGCGCCAUGGGGGAUCAGCAACUCUACAAGACCAAUCACGUGGCCCACAGUGGUGAGAACCUUUUUUACCAACAGACCCCACUUGGCAUCCAUGGCGGGCUGAACCACAACUAUGGGAAUACAGUCACAGGGGCUGGAAUGGAGGCCCCUCAGGCAUCACCCAUCUCCCCCCACUUCCCUCAAGAUACUCGGGAUGGUCUAGGCUUGCCUGUUGGCUCCAAAAACCUGGGCCAAGUGGAUACCUCGAGGCAGGGAGGGUGGGCAGGUCACACCGGGCCUGGAAACCAUGUCCAGCUACGCGGCAACCUGACCAACUCAAACAUGAUGUGGGGGACCCCAGCCCAGCCUGAGCCCACCGAUGGCUACCAAUACACCUACUCCCAGGCCAGCGAGAUCCGGACCCAGAAACUCACCAGCGGUGUCCUGCACAAGCUAGACUCCUUCACCCAGGUGUUCGCCAACCAAAACCUGCGAAUUCAGGUCAACAAUAUGGCCCAGGUGCUGCACACCCAGUCGGCAGUGAUGGAUGGGGCCCCUGACAGUGCCCUCCGCCAGUUGCUGUCCCAGAAGCCCAUGGAGCCCCCAGCGCCGGCUCUUCCUGCUCGCUACCAGCAGGUGCCCCAGCAGGCUCACCCUGGUUUCCCCGGCGGGCUGUCCAAGCCAGCCCUGCAGGUAGGGCCACACGCCAGCCAGGGGCACCUGUAUUACGACUACCAGCAGCCGCUGGCUCAGGUGCCAGUGCAGGGAGGACAGCCACUGCAGGCCCCCCCGAUGCUGUCCCAGCACAUGCAGCAGAUGCAGCAGCACCAGUAUUACGCGGCGGCGCCGCCGCAGGCUGGGCAGCAGCACAUGCCCCUGCAGGACCUGCCGCAGCAGCCGCCGCCGCUGCCACAGCCCCGCCCGUCGCAGCCUCAGCAGCCCCAACAGCAGCUGCAGCAGCGGCAGGGUCCGAUGCAGAUACCUCAGUAUUACCAGCCCCAACCCGCGAUGCAGCACUUGCAAGAGCAGCCUCAGCAACAGCAGCAGCAGAUGCACCUGCAGCCCCCCUCUUAUCACAGGGACCCCCACCAGUAUGGCCCGGAGCAGGCGCACGCUGUCCAGCUGAUCCAGCUGGGCUCCGUGCCCCAGUACUACUACCAGGAGCCCCAGCAGCCCUACGGCCACCACCUCUGCCAGCAGAGCCACCUGCCCCAGCACCAGCAGCGCGAGGACAGUCAGCCCAAGACCUACCCGAGCGACAGGCAGGCCCAGGCCAUGCUGAGCUCCCACGGCGACCUGGGGCCUCCCGAUGCAGGAAUGGGAGACCCAGCAAGCUCGGACCUGAACCGGCUCGGCGGGGCCCUCCCGCACCGGCCGCUCCUGUCCCCCGGUGGGAUCCACCUCAACAGCGUGGGGCCUCAGCACCAGCAGCUGUCUCCCAGUGCCCUGUGGCCCCAGAUGCACCUACCUGAUGGCAGAGCCCAGCCGGGGUCCCCCGAGUCAAGUGGCCAACCAAAAGGAGUGUUUGGGGAGCAAUUUGAUGCCAAGAACAAACUGACGUGCUCCAUCUGCCUGAAGGAAUUCAAGAGCCUACCUGCCCUGAAUGGCCACAUGCGGUCCCACGGGGGAAUGAGAGCCUCCCCCAGCCUCAAACAGGAGGAAGGAGAGAAGGCCCUGCCGCCUCAGCCUCAGCCCCAGCCUCCACUACCACCUCCGCCGCCACCGCAGCUCCCUCCCGAGGCAGAAAGCCUCACGCCUAUGGUCAUGCCCGUGUCUGUCCCUGUCAAGCUUCUCCCGCCCAAGCCAGGCUCUCAGGGCUUCGCCAGCAGCAUCGUUGCCGCCCCCUCCGCCAGAGACAAGCCAGCCAGCUCGAUGUCGGACGACGAGAUGCCCGUGCUCGAAAUCCCCAAGAAGCCUCAGCCCGUUGCGGCCAAAGCCGAGGAAGCCCUCAAGAGCUUGCCGGAGAAGAAGAAGUUCCGGCACCGGCCCGAGCCGCUCUUCAUCCCGCCACCGCCCACCUACCCCGCCAACCCCGCCGCCUCAUACUCGGGCGCCACCCUGUACCAGAGCCAGCUGCGCUCCCCGCGCGUCCUCGGGGACCACCUGCUGCUGGACCCCGCCCACGAGCUGCCCCCCUACACGCCCCCGCCCAUGCUGAGCCCGGUGCGCCAGGGCUCGGGGCUCUUCAGCAACGUCCUCAUCGCGGGGCACGGCCCCGGCGCCCACCCGCAGCUGCCCCUCACGCCCCUGACGCCCACGCCGCGGGUGCUGCUGUGCCGCUCCAACAGCAUUGAUGGCAGCAACGUGACAGUCACCCCAGGGCCUGGAGAGCAGACCAUUGAUGUUGAACCACGUAUCAACAUUGGCUUGAGGUUCCAAGCAGAGAUCCCAGAACUUCAGGAUGUCUCUGCCUUGGCCCAGGACACACACAAGGCCACACUGGUAUGGAAGCCCUGGCCAGAGCUGGAAAACCAUGACCUCCAGCAAAGAGUGGAGAAUCUCCUGAAUUUGUGCUGUUCAAGUGCGUUGCCCGGUGGAGGGACCAAUUCUGAAUUUGCUUUGCACUCUCUUUUCGAGGCCAAAGGUGAUGUGAUGGCCGCUCUGGAAAUGCUGCUGCUGCGGAAGCCGGUCAGGUUAAAAUGCCAUCCUUUAGCAAAUUACCACUAUGCCGGUUCGGACAAGUGGACCUCCCUAGAAAGAAAACUGUUUAAUAAAGCACUAGCCACUUACAGCAAAGACUUUAUUUUUGUACAGAAGAUGGUGAAGUCUAAGACAGUGGCUCAGUGUGUGGAGUACUACUACACGUGGAAAAAGAUAAUGCGCUUGGGGCGGAAACACCGGACACGCCUCGCAGAAAUCGAUGAUUCUGUGACGAGUGAAGAAGAAGAAGAGUUAGAGGAGGAGGAGGAGGACCCAGAAGAAGAUAGGAAAUCCACGAGAGAAGAGGAGAGUGAAGUGCCCAAGUCUCCUGAGCCGCCGCCAGGCCCCGUGCUGGCUACCGCGGAGGGGCCGCCCCUGCAGGCCCUCGGCCAGCCCUCCGGCUCCUUCAUCUGUGAGAUGCCCAACUGCGGGGCUGUGUUCAGCUCCCGACAGGCACUGAACGGCCAUGCCCGCAUCCACGGUGGCACCAACCAGGUGACCAAAGCCCGGGGGGCCACCCCCUGUGGGAAGCAGAAGCCGGGCAGCACCCAAAGCGGGUACUGCUCGGUGAAGAGCUCCCCCUCUCAUAGCACCACCAGCAGCGAGACAGACCCCACCACCAUCUUCCCCUGCAAGGAGUGCGGCAAAGUCUUCUUCAAGAUCAAAAGCCGAAAUGCGCACAUGAAAACACACAGGCAGCAGGAGGAACAGCAGAGGCAAAAGGCUCAGAAGGCAGCUUUUGCCGCCGAAAUGGCCGCCACUAUCGAGAGGACCGCGGGGGCGCCGGGGCUGCUGCCCCUGGACCAGCUGAGCCUGAUCAAACCCAUCAAGGACGUGGACCUCCUCGAUGGCGACGUGGUCCAGCAGUUGGGAGGCGUCAUGGAAGAGGCCGAGGUCGUGGACACGGAUCUCCUCUUGGAUGACCAAGAUUCGGUUUUGCUUCAGGCUGACGCGGAACUAUAAAGCCCCGCUUGUCACGCAGAGACAGCCAGCACCCACGGCCUCCGUCUUCGUUCAUCAGGAAACCCGGACUCCCUGCUCGCUUUGUAACCAUUUUAAACUACCUGUUUAAAAAAGUGGUCAUUUCAUUCAGGUUUAGGAAAAAAAAAAUUUUUUUUUUUCAGUUUCUUUUCCUUUUAUUUAAAAAAAAAAAUCAAUGUUUCUGUGGGAGGUUGGAGGGAAUAAAUAAUUGGCACAACUCUAUUUAAGAGGUGUUUCAUCUGGGCUACAUUCCUACGAACUCAUUCCUGGCAGGGAAUAAACCUGACCUUCAAUGUUCUUUUGCUUUCAGAUGUCAACCAUCCUUGCUGCCUUUGAUCCCAAAGCUUGCCGUGAGCGUGUGGAUGCGUGUGCGUGUGUGAAGCAGGCUACCCUCUUCGUGUUGGGGCCUUGGGCCGUCCUUUCCCACUAAGAGUUAUUUUUGUUCUGUUCUGACCUCAUUCUGUAGUUUGCAGUGAACCCGGAGUCUCUGCCAGGAGAUUCUGUGCAAAGGGGUAACUUUCCAGUGAGCAAAGCAAGCCCUCGUGUGACACGGCUUUCCUCUAGCACAUACACCAUUUGGAAAGUUGACCAAAUGUGAAAAUACGUUUUCUCCCUGCCUCGCCUAUCACCGUUGGCCUGUUUCCAGGAGUACUGUACAA